GACUGCACUUCAAGCAAAUAAAAAUGAUACAAUUUUGCAGAAAUUUUCAUUUGAAAUCUUGGAAGAUAAACAGUGUCAAGAUGCUGGUAUUAUACCUAAAUAUUCUGCUAGUUCUGGGAAUGACUGUGCGUGCUCAGCAGCUUCCGGUUUCUACCCGAUGUUUUAUGCUUGGACGGGAUACCUGUCCGCCACGAUAUCGCUGUGUGGAAGGAAUCUGUCAACCAUUCGAGACGGUAACUGAUGGAUGUUCUAUUCUAUGUGAAUUCAAAGUAAACACUACCUGCGAAGAUAACCAGUGUGUAAGAAUACCUGGAGCAUCAUGUGGACUUCUCUAUAUGGAACCCUGUUCAUCGGGGUACCUUUGCAGAAAUGGAAUAUGUUCUCGUGAUCCUAUGACCUGUCAUUGGUCUAUUCUAUGUGAAUUCAAAGUAAACACUACCUGCGAAGAUAACCAGUGUGUAAGAAUACCUGGAGCAUCAUGUGGACUUCUCUAUAUGGAACCCUGUUCAUCGGGGUACCUUUGCAGAAAUGGAAUAUGUUCUCGUGAUCUUCCGACCUGCCCUUGGCCGGGGUGUCCAGAAGGUGAUGUCUGCAAAGACGGUCGAUGCGUGCCAGAUUCUUUGCCCUGUCCUUGGCCGGGGUGUCCAGAAGGUGAUGUCUGCAAAGACGGUCGAUGCGUGCCAGAUUCUCUGCCCUGUCCUUGGCCCGGGUGUUCAUCAGGUGAUGUCUGCAAAGACGGUCGAUGCGUGCCAGAGUCUGUGUCCUGUCCUUGGCCGGGGUGUCCAGUAGGUGAUGUCUGCGAAAGCGGUCGAUGCGUGCCAGAGUCUGUGUCCUGUCCUUGGCCGGGGUGUCCAGUAGGUGAUGUCUGCGAAAGCGGUCGAUGCGUGCCAGAGUCUGUGUCCUGUCCUUGGCCGGGGUGUCCAGUAGGUGAUGUCUGCGAAAGCGGUCGAUGCGUGCCAGAUAUUUUUCGUCUGCCCGGAGUUGGUCAUCAAAGCGGAUGUAGAAAUGGUGGUCCAUGCCCGCCUGGAUAUGAUUGCGUUAGGAACCGUUGUAUACCAGGUAAUACUCCUCGUCAGCCCACAAUUGGUCAACAAAUCGAACGUAAUCCUCCUCGUCAGCCCACAAUUGGUCAACAAAUCGAACGGUGGUCCUUGCCCUCCGGGAUAUAACUGCGUUGGUGGGCAAUGUUUAAUAGUGAUUGUGUGAAAACGGAAAUAGGACUACGCUGCCUGAGGAGAAAAAAGUUUGAACAGAAGAAAACAGAUUGGAAUAGACAUUAAAUUGUAGAAUACGUUUUCAUUAUAUAUGAUAUAUCAAUAAAGUAGUAUGCAUGUUUGAUA